AUGUCAGGUUACGGUUACCCGGGAGGAUACGGUCCGCCGCAGCAACAGUAUCACGGCAAUUAUUAUCAACCUCCACCCCAGCCAUAUAACGGAUAUCCUCCUGCCCAAGGAGUUCCUCCCGUUCCCUACGGAUACCCACAGCAACAACAACAACAACAACAACAAACCCCUCCUCAACCUUACGGAUACAACCAGGGCCCACCGCAACAUGGCGGCUACGGCCAACCUCCGAGUCAAUAUGGUAGACCUGGACUACCUACGGCGAACUCGAAUUCUUACAACCAUGGAAAUUAUAGCGCUCCUCCUCCCCCGCCCUCUGGGCCCCAACAUUUCGGUCACGGUGCCCCUCAAAACUACGCGUUUCAGUAUAGUAACUGUACCGGUCGAAGGAAAGCUUUACUAGUUGGCAUAAACUACUUUGGCCAGCGCGGCCAACUUCGGGGAUGUAUCAAUGAUGUCAGAAACAUGUCGCAAUACUUAGUUGAACACUUUGGCUAUAAGCGAGAAGAUAUGGUCAUCCUUACUGACGACCAACAAAACCCAAUGAGCCAGCCGUCAAAGCAAAACAUUCUACGAGCCAUGCAUUGGCUCGUGAAGGAUGCGCGGCCCAAUGACUCGUUAUUCUUCCAUUAUUCGGGACAUGGCGGUCAAACCAAGGAUCUGGAUGGCGACGAACCUGAUGGCUACGACGAAGUUAUAUACCCUGUCGAUUUCCGGCACACUGGUCACAUUACCGACGAUGAGAUGCACCGUAUCAUGGUUAAGCCGCUGCAAUCGGGAGUACGGUUAACGGCCAUUUUCGAUUCAUGCCAUUCCGGUACUGCGCUCGACCUCCCGUAUAUUUACUCCACUCAAGGUAUUCUCAAGGAACCAAACUUGGCCAAGGAAGCUGGCCAGGGCCUUCUGGGUGUCAUAUCUUCCUACAGUCAAGGCGAUCUCGGAGGCGUUGCGAACAACAUCAUGGGUUUCUUCAAAAAGGCUACCAGCGGAGAGGACGCGCACCACAGGGCCAUGGCGACCAAGACCUCGGCAGCAGACGUUAUUAUGCUUUCCGGAAGCAAAGAUGACCAAACUUCGGCCGAUGCAACAAUUGCUUCUCAAGCUACCGGUGCCAUGUCGUGGGCCUUUAUUACCGCCCUGAAGAAGAAUCCUCAGCAAAGCUAUGUACAACUGCUCAACAGCAUCCGGGAUGAAUUAUCUACACGGUACACCCAGAAACCUCAGCUCUCGUGCAGCCACCCUCUGAAUACUAACCUGCUAUUUGUGAUGUGA